AUGGUCAAGAAGAGAAAGAACAACGGCCGCAACAAGAAGGGCCGCGGCCACACCAAGCCCAUCCGCUGCAGCAACUGCUCGCGAUGCACUCCCAAGGAUAAGGCGAUCAAGCGCUUCACCAUCCGCAACAUGGUCGAGUCUGCUGCCAUCCGUGAUAUCUCCGAUGCCUCUGUCUUCGCCGAGUACACUGUCCCCAAGAUGUACCUGAAGCUGCAGUACUGCGUCUCUUGCGCUAUCCACGGCAAGAUUGUCCGUGUCCGAUCUCGCGUGGGCCGCCGUAACAGGGCUCCCCCCCCUCGUGUCCGCUACAACAAGGACGGCAAGAAGAUCACCCCUACCGCUGCCCCCAAGGUUUAA